AUGGGAAACAGAAAGAGACUACCACCUGGCCAUCGUUACAGAUAUAAAAAAGCUUGGUUUGACAACACUGUGGAGGAAGGGAAUGCGAAUAGGAUACAAACUGGCGCUGAGAUAUAUGAGACACUACAAGCUUUUAGGAAUAAUUUUGGUAGACCUCUAGAGAAGGAAAAAAAAAGACCAGAGUUGGACGAUGAUGAGAGGGUUCAAGAAGAAGAGUGUGAAGAAUCAAAUGAACUAUGGCGGUGGAAGAAGAAAUCAAUAUUCUUUGAACUACCUUACUGGAAGAAGUUGCCUGUUCGUCAUAAUAUUUAUGUUAUGCACGUAGAAAAGAAUAUGUCGGAUUCUAUAUUGUCUCUCUUGAUGCAAAGUGCAAAAUCAAAAGAUGGGUUGAAAGCAAGAAAAGACUUAGAAGAUAUUGGAAUCAGAAAUCACUUGCACACAGAGGUGAGUGGAAAGAAAACAUACUUACCUCCAGCUGCCUACUGGUUAUCGAAGAAAGAUAAGACCAUUUUCUGCCAAAGGUUAGCUAAGUUUAGAGGUCCUGAUGGUUAUUGUGGUAAUAUUGCAAAUAGUAUUUCAGUUAACCCUCCAAAUAUUGGUAGUUUAAAGUCGCAUGAUCAUCAUGUCCUAGUACAUAACUUGUUACCAGCUGCAUUAAGAGGGUUGUUACAUAGGGGUCCUAGAAUAGCCAUAAAUAGAUUAUGCAGUUACUUCAACAGUUUGUGUCAGCGCAUCAUUGACCCGGAGAAACUUAUAUCCAUGGAGACAGAGUUUGUGGAAACAAUGUGUCAACUGGAGCGCUUCUUCCCUCCAGCCCUUUUUGAUAUCAUGUUCCACCUUCCAAUACAUCUAUCAAAAGAGGCACGCUUGGGAGGACCAGUACACUUCCGCUGGAUGUAUCCCUUCGAAAGGUACAUGAAAACACUAAAGGCUUUUGUUAAGAAUUAUGCAAGGCCAAAAGCAUGUAUGGCUGAGGCGUAUUUAGCUGGAGAAUGCAUUGCAUUUUGUUUAGAGUUCUUUAAAGAUUCAGUACCAGUUCAAGAAGCAGUUAAUCGUGAUGAAGAUGUUGAGGCUGACAGAAUGGUGGUUGAAGGCCGACCUCUGCAGAAGGGUAUAGAGGUUACCCUUUCAGAUAAAGAUAGAGACAUUGCACAUCGCUAUAUUCAUUCAGACUCAACAAAUAGUCAUUCCAAGGAGAUAAGGUGGUUGGCAUUUGGACCAAGAAAUGUUGCUUUAGCACAUAAAGGAUUCAUCAUUAAUGGGCAACGAUUUCAUACUGAUGCGGUCAAGCUGAAGACACAAAACAGUGGAGUAACUUAUGAAGCCUUUAGCAUGUGUAGAUCAAGUGCUCGAGAUAUGAAACAAGUCGCUGAUAUGCUUACAUACUAUGGAGUGAUAAAGGAGAUUUUACUCAUCGACUAUCACAUGUUCAAAGUGCCACUGUUUAGAUGCAACUGGGCAAACACAGGGAAUGGUGCGAAGGAAGAAGAUGGCUUCACUCUUGUUAACCUUCAUAUGAACCAAGCAGCCUAUUUGAAAGAUCCAUUCAUUCUACCUUCUCAAGCGAAACAGGUUUUCUACUCUAGGGAGGAUGAUAAUUCAAAUUGGUAUGUUGUUAUGAGAGCACCACCUAGAGGUUAUCAUGAGUUGGAAACAAAAGAGGAUUUAGGUGGUGCACCUUUGCCUGUCCAAGAAGUUGAUGAUAUGGUUGAUGAAGCUUCGGAUGGUGAUAGUGUUUAUGUUAGGGAUGAUUGUGAAGGUUUAUUAGUGGUAGAUUGA